GAGGCAAACCCCAGGAACUGAGCUCUCCUCAUUGAGUCACUGUCCAGCAUUAAUGAUUCUCCUAUCGUGGGGCAGCAGGUUAUUGCCCAGCUCCACUCCUCCUGUACGGACCUGACAGAAGAGGAACUGGCCAAGCUGGGGGUGUCCCUGUUCAACUGCCAAGCGAGUGUGGAGGGGCGCAGGACCUAUCCCUGCACUGCCGACAUGCCCCUCGCGGAAUGCACCGCUGACAUGGACCCUGACACCUGGAACGCCUACCACAUCGUCAGCAACCGGGCCCGCGCCGUCUGCUACUCCACCCGCCAGAUGCAAUUCAAGCGCCGGACGGAGCACACGGUCAACACCCUGGUCUCUGCCGCCAUGACUCAGCUGGAGGCCAUGAGGCUUCUGAAGGACGGCCAGGAGGAACUGAAAGAGCUGACAGCAGAGUCCCUGCACAAGGUGGUGAGCAGCCAGCAUGAGCUGCUGCUCCAGCAGGAGAAGCUGCAGGGCGGCCAGGAGCAGAUGGAGUCUUCCAUCCACAGCAACCUGGAGCAGCUGACUCAGGAGAAGGCCUUGAUUGCCAGCGGGCAGCAGCAGGUGGCUCAGCUCAUUGAGGGCAUCACCAGGAGGAUGGAGAACGUGAGCACCCAUCUAGAUGACCAGGACUUGGAGCUGCAGCAAGGACACAGAGCCAUCCUCACCGACCUCACCCAAAUGCAAAGGCGAGCCCAGGAGGUCUACUCCAAAAUAGAGGCCAACCUGGCGCUGUUCCUGGCCUAUCAGAACCAGACAGCCCUGUACUACGACGAGCUGAUGGGGAAGCUGCACAGGAUGAACCAGAGCCUGGGCCUGGUGCUCUACGCCGUGGGUCACAUGCAGAGCAGCGUGGAGGGCCGGCUCCUGCACAUCCAGAGAUUCAUUGGCUGGGCAGGAGUCAGCCUCGGUGCCGCCUGCACCUGCGUCCUGCACGCUGCCUACUUCCUGCUCUCAGCUCUGCUCAUGACCUUCCUGCAGACCCCAGGUCUGCCCCGCGCUGUGCUCCUGGUCCUGGUCAUCGCCAACGCGCUCUCUGAGCUCAACCACGGCGUCUCCCUGGGCUUCACGUCCCUCACGCUCUUCCUGGUGCUCGUUGUCACUGGUAACUGGCUGCUGGCGAGCUUGUGCUGCUGUGCCCGGAGCGUGAGGGGCCGGAAGCUGCCUCUGGUGCUCUCGCUGACUCCUCAGAGGACAGCGGGGGCCAGCAGCCCUGAAGCAGAGCUCAAGGAUGGUCCCCGCUGUCAUAUCACCUCCACCCCUGACAGGGAGUGUGAAAUUGGCCUCUUGCAGGAAGAGCUGAACAAGCUGGAGGAGAUGAGCUACCUGCAGGACGACUCCUGCCUGGGGAGGGUGUCCCCGCUGACGGGAAACCCCUUUCGGGAUGGGGGCAGGCCGCUGCCCCCUACAGGCUGGAAGGCACAGCCGAGAUCCGCUGCUCCGCCAGCUCCCGGUGUCCCCAUUGGGAACUCGCGCCGCAUCAGUCUGAGCCGCACCACCAGGCACGAGGUGUUGGAGAGGCGGGCCACACUAGAGAGGCGCCACCUGGACCCCGCGUUCGAGCCCUUCUCUGACUUCAGGUCCUGUAGCCCGGACCAGUCCAUGGCUAGUGACAUGUCCACCUCUUCGAUGUCUCCGCGACGCCUGUGCCAGGGCAUCACCAAGGCCGGGCAGCCAUGCAGGAAGAAGGCCGUUCCCGGACAGGAGUUUUGCCACGUUCACGUAUCUGGACAAGUAUCCUACACUAGCUGAGCCUUGGAGCUCUCUGUCAAACCUGUGCAGCCGCUAGGUUAGUCUGGACCUUGGGUGGUUGGCCAGGGACCCGUGGACUCCUGGAGUGCAGCUGGGGCACCACCCCCCCCGUCUCAGCAACAGCCAUUCUGUGGCAUUAUUUUAAACACUGCCUUUGAUUUUAAUGUGUACGUCUGAAUGGAGGGACUAUGUCUGCGGAGAGCCAACAGUCCCUGCCUGGCAGCUUUUCUAGGGGCUCAUGGGGCUUCUUUGAGGAAAGCCCCAUUUUAAAUAGACCACCCUGCUCUGUGAAUGUUCCAACGUGUCUCAAAUGCUUCACCCCAUGAAAACUGCAGGAGAUGAGGAGCUUCUACGUUCACACUGACUCAGGAGCCAGUGGACUGUUUACAAGUCAGCCUGGCUUUUCUAGUGGCCACAGCUGCCCAGCUCCAGCUGGGUUCUUCUGGCCUGUUCCACCUCUGCCAGCCCUCAGGACACUCAUCCGGGUUUAGCUGAGCCGGCAGCACAGACUGCAGCUCCCUCAGCACCACUGGGACAAACCUCUUGUCAGUAAAGAUGCCUGGGGUAAGAAGGUGCCAUGUUGGUAGCCAAGUUUUAUAUGGAAAUCUGCUGUUUGCACAUUGGUUUAAUAAACAACGUUUAUCUACUGCUGGAAUUUCCAUGUCUGUCUCAAAAGAAACCUGAGAGUUCCUGGGCUGUGGACGGGGGCUCCAACCUCUGGCUAAAUGGGGAUGGGGUUGUAUUCAUUUAGAUGAAAAUGAUGUUGGCCAGUCAGAGUCCUGUCAACACUUUACCAGUAUUAACCAAGGUGUGGGGUUUGCUACACAGAGACCUCAGCCUGCUUCGCACCAGGGCAAACCCACCACUAACUAUCCUUUUCACUUCUUACUACAGAUCCAGAAGGAAAAACUGUUCAAGUGUUUGAAAUGUAAAACACAAUCAGGCUUUCGUUUUCACGCCAUCCCUUGUUCCCACUCCCCGUUCACCCGAGAGAGGUUUCAGAAGGAAGCAGGCCCCGCCCCCCGCUCCCUUUGGCAGGCUUUUAGAUGCAAAUAACCAUUCAUUGGGGUAAAAGGGAAGUUGUUGCUGCUGUUAGUUCAAUCUCACUUCCUAGAAGUCAAAACAAGACGACUACACACAGGGGAGAGGAAAGAGCAGCAAAGACAGAAAAAGCAGCUUCUGUCUCCAGUGCUAACUUGUAUUUGCAACCUUACUGCUGGAAAAACCAGGCAGGGCUCAUGGCUUUAGUAGCCACUGUGAGACCUUGCAAGCUUGUACUGCUCUCAGGCUGCUUCGGGCACUCCUUUUUAGCUGCCUCCUGCUGUCCAGACUUACAGCCGUGUUGGCUGGCUGAGCCAGACUCUUACUAGACAGAAGGGAAAGAGGGAUAGGAAAGAAGGAAAAUAAGCUGGGGAAGAAAAAGGACAUGUGGGAGGGGGGACGAAAGAGCCACAGCUCUCACAUGGUGGGUGGGAGUUAGCCGAAGCCGCUGGCAGUGCUGAUGUCACCUGAGGCCCUUUCUCUGGCCUUGUCCAGUUAGGACAUCUCGUGGGACUAGGACAACAAAGGUCUAACCGUUGUGGUGGGUGCUAGAAGCCAGUGGGGGUGGCACUCUUGAAGCUACAGUUGAUGCUUUUUCUCUUCUGUCUGUCAGUGGUUAACUUCCUCUGGACUAUUUCUCUGCCCCUUCCCUUCCCCUCCCCUCCUCACCCCACCAAAAAAAAAAAGUAUUUUCUUUUAAAGGCCCCAAAAGGGAGCAGUGGGUGGAACAGCCUCUCCUCUCAUGAUUUUGUUUGCCAAUUAGGCCUAUUUCCAACACAAAUUUAGUCCACUGAUUUUUGGCCACUGCACCUUGUUUAUGUGCCAUGAUCUUAACACAGUCCUCCGGUCACAGCAGUAGACUCUAGUGCUUUAAAUUAAUUCCCUGUCUCUUUAAAUAUUUUUUCUCAAACAAUUUAUGACAGGCCCUUUGGACAAUCCAUGAACCUUUACCCACUGGGUAAAGUAGGCCUGGCUAGACCUUGUUUACUGCACCAAGGGGUGGUAGGAAACCUGAUGGGGGGUGGGGGGGGAGAGGGAAACUGAGGCUUGUGACGGUUUCCUAUCCCACCUUCCUCCCUCUGUGCCCUGUUCCAAUGUGCCAGCACUUUGGCGAGUUGAAAGUAAGGGUGAUGCUGGCCAGUGGGUGGUAGAACAGGGUUGCAGAGCUCAGGGAUGACCCAUCUCUCCAGCCAAAUGGCAGUGAAGGACGGGGACUGGGGGCCAGGAAGAUGCUAGCUCACCCUGAGAAUAGGGAUGGGCAGCAAUGCUAAAGCUGGGCUAUGGGCCCUCUUGUUCCCUCAACAGGCACCUGUUCAAAUUCUCUAGCCCAGGGUUUCUGGCUGGUCUACGCUGGGGGCGAAGAUCUAAGAUACGCAACUUCAGCUACAUGAAUAGCGUAGCUGAAGUCAAAGUAUCUUAGAUCGAUUUACCGCCCAUCCUCACGGCGCGGGAUUGACGUCCACGGCUCCCUGUGUCGACUCCGCUACUGCCACUCACUCCGGUGGAGUUCCGGAGUUGACGGGAGCACAUUCAGGGAUCGAUAUAUCACAUCUAAAUGAGCCGUGAUAUAUCGAUCGAGCGCUACCUGCUGAUAUAGUGGGUAGUCUGGAUGUACCCUCAAAUGCAAAGCAUGGGUGGAGAUUGGGGAGAGGCAAAGCCCCACCCUGCAGCACUCAGCUGUUACUCCUGAAUAGUAGUUACCAAGAGCAGUGAGAGAUGCUCUGGUGUUUGCACUGGCAGCACCAGCACGAAUCAGAACCAUGCAGCUGCUGGAGACUUGUAGGGCUGGUGUGCCUGGUGCCAGAGGUGGUUCUUGUCAGCGGAGGCAGCUGCAGCAUUUGGACACUGGGGCAUUCUCCAGGACAGCUCCACUGCUCCCACCCAGCCAGGGAACAGGGUGCCUGAGACCUCACAAGCGGCCAGUGACUUCCUGACCCCCCGAGGGCAGGCUCACAACCCAAGGCUACAGGAGAUAGGGACAGAGAGGGGUUUGUUAGAGUGACCACCAGGAAGAGGUGGUGGCUGCACUGAGGUUCCCAGAAACAUUUGUGAGAAAAACUGGCCUGUGCCCAACUUUAGUUAUCUCCUGAGUCACCCAUUCAAACACCCCUGCAGAGCCUGAACUAACAGCAGGGAUGGAAGGGGAUUUUCCUUGGUUGCUGUGUGCGUGGUUUGGGCCAGUGCAGGGGUAAUAACAACCCAACGGGCCACUGCUGUUCUUUGCAAAGGGGAGGGAGGGCAGCCCCAGCAUCUGAGCCUACCUGUUGACACAUCACCACACUAUGAAAUAUGCUUUGUGCUGAGAGCUGCUGGACGAACCAAGGGGUAGGAGCAUCUCUAAUGCUAAACUCACUGGUGCCUUGGUUUAGUGCUUGCCUGCUCCAAAGGCAAUGCUCAUUGCCAGCAGAGGUGUAUAGAGUUUCAACACCCCUCCCCCACAAAAAGCUUGCCUGUCCCUAGGUGUUGGAAUACAGUCCUUGAGUUGCUGGUGCAGACAGACAGGCUGUAACAGUGGCUGGAGAGUGAAUGUUUCAUAUUGUAAGAUCUACAGAGCUGGCUUUUUCCCUUUCUGAAAGAGGCCUGGGGAAAGCAGUUAGCCUAGGGGAGUGGAACAUGGGCACACCUCAAGCCAGCCCUUGUUCAGCUGCAGCCACUCAUGGUAGAUUGCAGUGGCAUCUCCCAGGAAAGCUUCCUAGCUGAGUCUAGGGGACUGCACGUUCUCCCAGGGCAGGUGAUGGGAGUACCUUCACAGAGGAUGGUUAGCAACAAGACUAAAGUAGCAGCAGCAGCUGUAAGAGAUCGUGUCCUCUCUCCCUGCUCUGCUGGAGAGCACUGGAAGCUCCAUCACCUGAUUUAAAAUAAGACCAAGCACCAGAACCUCUUGGGGAUAAGUCCACGCUGAGCCAGAGGGACACCCUAGAAAGCUUACCGACCUUCCAGUUGACUUCUUCCAAACAUCGGUGACAAUAAGUAGUUACAGGGGCAUGGAAGGGCACCUGCUUUGGCUAAUCUCCCCCAACCUGAGCACUGCAGGAGAGCCCCAUUCUGCCAUUCUAACCCUAGAGGAGAAGGCAAGAUUUCUGAUAACGAACAGCCCUCACUGCUGAGCAGCACCAGCCGCUGGCAACAAGAGGGGGAGUGUCCCAGGAACGU